AUGGCCCAGCGUGUCCAGACAAGCACAUCAAUGCCUCUGCGCACAAUCGACAAGGGCGACUCAUCUUUGCUGUCUGCAAGCACUGGCUGCGUGGUCUACAUGCGACACGUCCAAGAGUGCAAGCAGUGGAAGGUGCAAGGGACCUGUGGCAAUGCAGAAGACUGUCUGUAUGCUCAUCCUGCGCUAGGCUCACGUAACGGUGUCUGCGACUGGUACAAACUAGGCUACUGCCCUCUUGGUCCCGACUGCAAGCGUAAACAUAUUCGUCGCAAGCCAUGUAUGUGCUACUUGACGGGCUUCUGUCCAUACGGGCUCGACUGCAAGGAUGCGCAUCUGCAGUUCCUUGUUCCGCCCAAGGCUCCUCCUGUGAUACCCAUGACCGCUGCUUAG